CCUCAGUGUAAAAGAGUCAUCCGUCGGUUUGUCGGAGUUUUUAAUGGCGAUAACAAUCGUGUACAUUGAUUGGUACCCACCAGAAGCAGUGCCAACUGAUAGUAGAGAUAAUAAGCUGUUUGAGUAAAUACAUUGUUGGAUGUGGAAAAGCCAGUUCUUAAGUGAAUAUGCAUUUUUUAUUUUUACUCGCUCAGGACGGUCUCGGUCGAUAGAAAAUCUUUAGGCCACAUAUACAAGUGAAGCUUUUAUGGUAGUAUGCUUGUUUCGUAUACGAGUGAGCUAUGAGCAUGGGGAUUACUUUGUGGCGAAUGUACAGUUAAGCAUCGUAAAAAGAAUUUUGAUGUAAUUCGGUGUGAUUGUUGGAAAAGAUUAGUGAUCGAAAAAUGGACUCUUCUGUACAGGAACCGGCCAGUGAGCCACCUGUGCUGCCAAAGUGAACCCUUCCAAUAGGAAUGUGUUUCCUAUUGCCAUCCACAGUAAACGCAACAAAACAGAGCAAAACACAACUAAGAGACUGCGUGAUACAACGAAUCCGAAGUUCGUUCAUAUCCAAUAGUGAAUAUCGAAAUGGUGAAUACCCAGGGGUGUUCUGUCGGCGCCGUAAACUAGACUAAAUAAAAUAUUGUUGAGUUCGCGCAACCAAUGGACUCGUCUCAGGGCAAUCUAGCGCCCGGCCAAGAGAUACGAGUCGUCAGCGCAUCAGUCGUGGCGCAACUACAGGCCCAAGGAUUACAGGGCAAUGAGCUCAAUGCAGCAAUUAUGGCUGCAUCACAGCCGCAAAAUGCGAAUCAGCAAGCUAUACAGCAACAGCAGAUUCAACAGCAUCAACAACAACAGCAACAACAACAGCAGCAGCAGCAGCAGCAGCAGCAUCAGCAGCAACAACAACAGCAGCAGCAACAACAGCAGCAACAACAGCAACAACAACAGCAACAGCAACAAGCACAUUCGGUUCAACAACAACAGCAACAACAACAGCAGCAGCAACAGCAACAACAACAACAGCUGCAACAGCAGCACCAACAAACGCAACAGCAGCUUCAUCUGCCCCAGUUCACUCAAGUUCCUCAGCAGCAACCGCAGGUGAUCACGCUUCAGCAGUUGCAGAACUUUCUGCCACAGCACCAGCUGAACACGAUCACCACGGCUGAUGGAACGCCGGUGCAGGUGACUACUUCAUCGGCUGCAAACACUCCAGUGGGAACGCCGGUGAAGACCUUCGUCACCUCUCCUCCCCAAAUGCAGCAGCCGCAGAUUUUGAAUUUGCAGGGUUUGCCGCAACAGUUCCUGCAGGGUGGACAAUUCAUCCAAAAUCCUAACGGACUGUUUCAAAUGAUUCAACCGGUGCAGACGAUUAACGUAGACGGGCAGGAAACUUUGUUUGUACCGGGAGGACUGCAGGCUGGUCAACUAGCGGGAGCGCAGGCCGUUCAAAUCAAUGGCCAGCAGGCAUUUAUUACUCCCUCCGGGCAGCUGAUACGAGCGCCCAAUGGUGUCGUCCCGACAAACUUUCUGCCGAACAUGGCACAGGCCGUGCAGCUACCGAAUGCUGGUCAGGCUACGCUUACUAUCCCGGGAACUAAUAUAACAAUCCCCUUGGGUACAACUACCACGGCAAAUGUUCUAGCUCAACAGCAACAGCAGCAGCAGCAGCAGCAGCAACAACAGCAACAGCAAGCCGCCGUUGUAGCUGCUGCGACUGCGGCUGCCGCGAACCAGCAGCAUAGUCAAUCGCAAACGCAACAACAAACGCAACAGCAGCAGCAACAGGUUCAGGCUCAGCAGCAGCAGCAACAACAACAACAACAGCAGCAACAAACGCAGCAAGUUCAGAUCCAAGCUCAGCAGCAAGCAGCUGCGCAGCAUAUUCAACAGAUUCAACCUGCUACUAUCACAAUUCCUGGUACCAAUAUUCAAGUACCCACAUCAGCUGUUACCGCUCAGAACAUUUUACCAAACAAUAUAACCACCAUUAAACUGGAAGGAGGUCAAAACGUACAGGUACGGCCGGCCGCUGCGAUGCCUCAGGUCGUGCAGUUCCCAAUGCAGCAGACCAUACCAGUCCAAGUGCCGAUUUCUACCGGUAACGGUCAAACUGUCUAUCAAACCGUCCAUGUGCCAAUUCAAGCGUUCGGUUCAGCGCUUGUCCAACCGCAAAUGCAAGUGAUACCCCAGAUUCCCCAGGUAGCUAACAUCAUCACGCCAAACGGUCAAAUUCAGCAGGUUCAGCUUACUUCGCUGAAUCAUCUGGCUGGUUUACAGGCCGCUUCCGCCCCUCAGAACAUCAUUCUGCAGCAACCACAAAGCAUGGCACAGGCGACCGCCUCUAACGGAGCGACCCCGCUUAUGUCUACCAUUCCCGCUGGGACGGUUCAGUCUGGGGUUGCCAGCUCCCAGGAUACCGGCCAGCAGCAGCAACCGCAGCCUCAACAACAACCUCAACCCAUAACGAUAGCAGGUCCACAUGUCGGUCAGCAGAUCACGGUAAUACCGACCAACAGUCUACCGCAGCUUCGUCAAAAUGCAGCCAACAUUAUUCAAAUGCCGAAUAUUCCUGGCCUGCAGGCAAUCCCGGUCCAGAACAUACCUGGAAUCGGAAACGUUCAGGUGAUCCCGACAAAUUUCAUGCAACCGGUUCAACCGCAAACAGUGGCGUCGCAGCCUCAGUUGAACCCGGUCAAUCAAGUAGGGCAAACUAUAUCCCUUCAGCAGGCAGCGGCGCAUCAAUUAUCAAGUAUAAAGCAGGAUCCAAACGACCCCGGUAAGUGGUACAUCAAGCAGGAAGCUAUCCCAAUACAGCCACAACCGGUCAGCGUAUCUUGCAGCGGUAGCACCAGUACCAGUGGCAGUGGUACCAGUGUAUCGUUCCCAACAGUGCAAACGACGGCAACGGUGAACAGCAAUAUGCUAUCGACGCCUACCACUCAGUCCGUCGGCAACAGCGCUCAUCAGAUCAAGGGUGAAAUACUCAGUCCGGCCACGCAGACCUCGGUCAAUGUGAACAUCAGUGUCGGUGAUAGUAACAGCGGUAACGAGCAGGUUCCGAAACCCCGUGUUCGGAGAGUCGCUUGCACCUGUCCGAACUGCGAGACGAAGGGCGAGGGACCACCCGAUCGUAAGAAACAGCACAUUUGUCACGUGAGCGGAUGCAAUAAGGUGUACGGAAAGACGUCUCACCUGAGGGCACACCUGCGGUGGCAUACGGGUGAACGGCCCUUUGUGUGCUCGUGGAUGUACUGCGGCAAGCGGUUCACUCGGUCCGAUGAGCUGCAGCGGCACCGGCGAACCCACACCGGCGAGAAACGGUUCGCGUGUCCCGAGUGCAACAAGAAGUUCAUGCGAAGCGAUCACCUGUCGAAGCACAUCCGAACGCACAACAAGCUGAAGAAGGACCACGUGCGCUAUCUGCUGGAGUUGGGCGAUUCGAUGAAAUCGGGUGGGCUCAGCGAUGAGGGCGAAGAGGAUUACUAUAUCGCCGACGAAGACCUGAAAGAUGACGAUGACGACGACGACGAUGACCCGGUCCUGGUGGAUAAUCAAUCACCGAUCAAGCCGAAACUGGAGCCUGGUGUGGUCACUACAAGUGUCCCUACGGCAGCAGUUACCUUGACGGUACCGCCACCCACUCCUACGGUGGGAUUGAUGAUGGCCAGUGGCCAUGCCGCUAGUACGAUGCAACCAGUGGCCGUGACUAAUGGCUCUAGUACCGGUAUUGUCUGGAUUGCAUCUACACCAAUGCUGGGUUUGCAGCAUCCGACGACUGUUACGCAACCAACGCCUUCAACGCCGCUGCCACCACCACUCUACAGCAUCAAACAGCUCAACAGUUCGCAGGAAGUGGCCAAUUCUGCAAAUUCGGCCUCCUCGGAUAGCAACGACAGCUCGGACGAGAAGAUGAUGAUCACCCUCGGCACUGACGAUCAGGAUCAAUCAAUCGAGUCCAACUAGCAUAUCGAAACGCUGUCCAUACAUCAAUUUGCAUCUUUCGAUAGCUGUAGAUUACCGUUUGGGCAGUUUCAGACACAAUUUUAGACCUACUUUCGGAAGUAGAAAUUUGGCGCACACAGUGUUGUAGGUGCUUAGCUGAAACGACCAUUUGAUACACCUGCGAUAAUCAUUAGCUUCUCAGCUAAGCGCUUAACAUUGGAGUGUAAUGAAACAACGAUGAAGAAGUUUCGAAAUCAAAAAAGAAAAAAAUAAAUGAACAUUGAAAUUUUCACGAAAACUCACAACUCAAAAUGAUUUGUAAUCUCAGAGGCUCUACCAGCACGAUAAUAGAUGAUAUUGAACUCAAUCAACGCGGAGAAUAAAUGCGUUGCAACAGAGAACUGCGUUUUAAUUAGAAAUCUAUCGGUUUCCUAUUGGUUUUGGAAAAAAAGAAAGUAUGUAUAUACUUUGAAAGCUGCUAGUAUAUGCGAAACGAAUUAAUUUGUUGCAGCAUAUUUCAUUUUUAACAUCAGAUGUAUGGAAGUACCCAAAUCUUAUUGGAUAGCGCUCGAAAGUUAGAAACUUCUUUAUUUGAAAACGCGAACCAGAUAUAAGUCGAUUUUACGCAUUAGAGUUCAACCUCCGUUUUACCGACUGCUAGUACUAAUGAUAACAACUUUUAACGAAUAAUUAGGAGGCUUAAGGAGGAGUUUCCAUUUUCAAACUUUUUCCACGGCAAAACGAACAAUCGAAUGGCGGAGUUGAACGAACGAUCGAACCGGAAGUGUGUUCGCUGUAAAUGUGAAUGAAUGUGACUCUAUAGGUUUUAAGAAUUUUUAGCCUAAAUGUUGACUUUUUCCCUUGUAAAAAUAAACCGAUUUCAAAAUCUAGCUCUUCUCGAUGUUCGUAUGUAGGCAGUCUUAUUCAAUAUCUAGGCAUAAAUUGGAUAUUUUUAAAUUCAACUCAUCCUAAAUUUUUGUAGGGUAAUUAUUUUUAUGCGCGAAUAUGUAUGAAUUUAACUUAUUUAGUCGAAUAAUUAACAUUGUUGGUUUUAAUUGUUUUUGCUUCACUUUGGAAACGAAUCAAAAGAAACAUUGGAAAACAGGAAAUCUUACGUACCUUAACAGUGGCUGAAAACGAUUUUUUAUUAUCACCAUAAGAGCGCUGUUAAACGGAAUGUUUUAAGUUGUACCAUAUUAUAUUUAAUGUAUUGCGUCUGUACCGUGAAUAGAACGAAAACAAUAACAAUAAAUUAAUAACAACAUUUUUAUAUUUUUCAAUACA